GCUCUGUUCUCCCCACCGUGCGCCUAUUGUCUUUCUUGCUACGUUAUACUUCUCAGUUGGUCGGGCGAAACAUAGAGAGAGGGAAUGCUGAGCCUAAGCAACACUCUUCCAACAGUUUCUGGUCCUCAGAGAAGCAGUUUUGCCUCUCCAAUUUUAGCUGUCAAUCCUCAAAAAAGUACCAGCUGCUUUAAAAAUCACAGCUUUGUGUUUUCAUCAUCUUUAAUGAGACAACAAUCUGAACACACCCCAACUAUGUUGUCUUGCAAAGCUUCUUUGGAAGUUGUAAAGGACUCACCCAGUUGUUCAGCAGUCCAUGGAAUAUCGGAAAUGGUUGUGGGUGUUUUGGGAGGAGGGCAGCUGGGUCGUAUGCUGUGUGAAGCGGCAUCCCAGAUGGCGAUCAAAGUGAUUGUCUUGGACCCAAUGGAGAAUUGUCCUGCUAGUGCACUAGCACAUCAACAUGUCGUGGGAAGCUAUGAUGACAGUGCCACUGUUGAAGAAUUUGGGAAAAGGUGUGGAGUACUAACCGUUGAGAUCGAGCAUGUUGAUGUUGCCACACUAGAGAAGCUUGAGCAACAAGGUGUGGAUUGCCAACCCAAGGCUUCUACUAUUCGUAUAAUCCAGGAUAAAUAUCUUCAGAAGGUCCACUUUUCUCGUCAUGCUAUCCCACUUCCUAAGUUUAUGCAGAUUGAUGAUCUUGAAAGUGCUAGACGAGCAGGGGACCUGUUUGGUUAUCCACUUAUGAUAAAGAGCAGGAGAUUGGCGUAUGAUGGUCGUGGCAAUGCUGUAGCUAAAAGUGAGGAGGAGCUGUCCUCUGCUGUUAAUGUGCUUGGAGGAUAUGGUCGUGGUUUAUAUGUUGAGAAAUGGGCGCCAUUUGUAAAGGAGCUCUCUGUGAUUGUGGCUAGGGGAAGGGAUAGUUCAAUUGCAUGUUACCCUGUUGUAGAAACUAUUCACAGGGAUAACAUUUGUCAUAUCGUAAAGUCACCUGCUAAUGUAUCUUGGAAGAGUAUGAAACUUGCAACGGACGUUGCGCACAUAGCUGUUAGUUCAUUAGAAGGUGCAGGAGUUUUCGCUGUUGAGUUGUUUUUGACAGAAGAUGGUCAGAUUUUACUAAAUGAAGUAGCUCCCAGACCUCAUAAUAGUGGGCAUCACACCAUUGAGGCUUGCUUCACUUCACAAUUCGAGCAACAUUUGCGGGCUGUGGUUGGCCUUCCACUUGGUGAUCCAUCAAUGAAAACUCCUGCUGCAGUCAUGUAUAACAUAUUGGGGGAAGAUGAUGGCGAACCUGGAUUUCUUUUAGCUAAUCAACUUAUUGGAAGAGCAUUGGGAAUUCCGGGGGCAUCUAUUCAUUGGUAUGACAAGCCAGAGAUGCGAAGGCAACGCAAGAUGGGACACAUCACAAUAGUUGGCCCUUCUAUGGGCAUUGUGGAAGCUCAGCUAAGGGUGAUUCUAAAUGAAGGAAGUGUUAAUGGCCAGCCUGCAGUUGCACCACGUGUUGGGAUCAUAAUGGGAUCUGAUUCAGAUCUUCCUGUUAUGAAGGAUGCUGCCAAGAUUUUAAAAGAGUUUGAUGUGCCUGCUGAAGUAAAAAUAGUUUCAGCCCACCGUACACCUGAGAUGAUGUUUUCCUACGCUUUGUCUGCGCGGGAACGUGGUAUUCAAGUAAUAAUUGCUGGUGCUGGUGGUGCCGCCCACUUACCUGGAAUGGUUGCUGCAUUGACUCCACUACCUGUUAUUGGCGUUCCAGUACGCGCUUCCACAUUAGACGGACUUGACUCCCUAUUGUCCAUUGUUCAGAUGCCAAGAGGGGUCCCAGUUGCAACAGUUGCAAUAAACAACGCCACAAAUGCUGGUCUGCUGGCAGUAAGAUUGUUAGGGAUCAGCGACAUAAAGUUGCAAGCUAGGUAUUGAAACCUUCCUCCCUCAUCUUUUCUUGU